AAAAUUGUCAGUGCGGAAGCAAUGAUAAUCUAGUGUAAGGAGGAGCAAGCAAUAGCUAAAAAUUUCGUUUCCUCCCAUGUUUUCUCAGAUGGUCUUUGUUCCUGUGUUCGUAGUGAGAACUGAGUAGAAAUCGCCGACUUCUGAUUUUCCCAUCGAAGUUUUUAUUGUGCCAGGUUAGUAGACAGUCAUGGACUCCUUGGACCCUGCAGAGCGUAGGUAUUUGGAGGAUGAGGAUACUCCUCUAGUGAAGACACUUAAGGGUGCAACAAAUGGAUUUGUUACUGGAACUAUCUUUGGAACCAUAGUUGCUACUUGGUAUGAUGUGCCUCGUGUUGAGAGAAAUGUUGCUCUUCCUGGGCUGAUAAGGACCCUGAGGAUGAUGGGAAACUACGGGGUAACAUUUGCUGCAAUUGGGGGAGUGUACAUUGGCGUUGAGCAGCUUGUACAGAAUUAUCGGAUGAAAAGAGACUUUAUCAAUGGAGCUGUUGGUGGUUUUGUUGCUGGGUCUACUGUUCUAGGUUACAGAGGAAAGAGCAUUUCAACUGCAAUUUCUGCUGGAGCAGCCCUGGCGGUCACUUCUGCGCUCAUUGAUGCUGGCGGCCAGACCACGAGAAUUGAUAAUGGCAAGGAGUACUAUCCUUACACCACCAAGAAAAGAUCUACUGCUGAUUCAUAAACUCAACUGAUGAAAAGGUGGAACGCUUGUUUCUUGAAUUGGCUGUAUUUCUGGAGAUGUUAUCUUACUCUUAGUUCUCUUUCGCUGACGUCCAGGUUUAUGUUUUGGACCUUGGAUGGACGUCUUGAAUAAAUUUUCAAUUUCGUGCUGUUGAAAUAUAUUGUUUUGUACGAGAGUUUUUCAAAAUUUAGACCGGUUUUGAUUCCGGUUCUUGUGAGUUAGUAAACAUGUCCUCUUUCUGAAUUCAAA